AUGGAUGAGCGUAAGGGUAUGGAUAUGGACAAGCUCAGCGAACUUUUUAGUGGUACCGUUGGAUUGAUGAAAAAUGCGCUUCAAGGUUUAGCUCAGAGAAAUUCCACCAUUUAUAAUAUUCUACACAUAAGUGAUAAUAUGCAAAACAAGGGUGAUUAUGAGGAACUCUUACCAAAUGAAAUGAAGUUUAACAAAGAGCAAAUAAUAAAAUGGGUACUAGGGGCAAUCUUCUUGUAUAUGCUCGUUACAAUUUUGUCGUAUAUUUUCGUUAACUACAUUUUGUUCUACGCUGUAAUAUUUAUUAUCGUAGCUGUUGCAAUUAAGUUUUAUUUUUACUACCAGCAAAAUGAUGACACCCCACUAUUACAGCAAACGAAUUACCAUCACUUCGAAGCCCAUAGCAUUUAG